ACUGUUCGAAAAAAGAAACGAGCAAACGAGCCUUUUCAAUGACAACUUUUUCAACUGUUCUUUGCUGAGGUAUGUACAUUGGUCAUAGCUUUGCCGACAUGGAUGGUGACGGGGAGAAGUCCCUUGAGGACGUGGCGGCAACUCAAGACUUGAGCAAUUUGCUGAAGCAGAACAAUGGAGGCAUAGAGGUGAAUGAAGACGAGCUAGAAACUCAAGAGUUGCAACAAAUACGCACAGGGGAGGAUGCUAUUGCAUACUUCGCAAAGAGCGGCAGCGUUUCAAAGACAAAACUCCUCUAUGCAAACCGCGUGGAGAGUGAUCAUUUUGCUCCAUAUGAGCUCAUAGUUGUCCCAGAAGACAAGGUCAAUCCGGAAUACUUUACGAUUUCGGCCACUGGUAUUGUGCAUGUUGCACCUGGUCUCUUGUCGGAGUGCAUUUUGCUGACAGAAUGGAUGCAUCAGAGUUUGAUGUUCCGUGUGCUGCAAUCAAUGAACUUCUUCAAGCACUAUAUCCACAAGAAGGUGAUCACGCAGUGGCGCACCAAUGCGCGUUACGAGGUGUAUUGCCACAGAAGACAGCGGCUCACUAGGUGCUGCUUCUUUGCAAAACCAAUGUUUGUGGAUUCCUUGGUCCAGGUGAACAGCCUCGUCCGUGAAGUGGAAGAUGUGAAGGUCAUGCACGUUGAUCAAAACUGCAUCUACUCAAUUCAGGAAUUUAUGGAGAAGCAACAGCAUAUCCGGGCAAGUCCAGUGAAUUCAGCACAAAAAGAUUUCGAACAGAAGCAUGAAGCUGCGAUUGGCAUCAUUGAUCGCUUGAUUGCCACGGUCCAGUGCUCCUUCCAGACUGAAGCUGCAGUCGAUCAGUUGGCCGGCUCCAAGUCGAAGUCCAUGGUGCAGGAAAAAGAGGAGGCACGUGAGAAAGCCCGCCUCUUGAGAAUCGCAAAGCGGGAUGAAGAGAUGCUUGGUGAUUGCAUCCGCCUCAUCGAUUAUAUGUUCCAGGCAUCGCUGGUGCAGACGGUCUAUGAAGCUGUGAAGCAGUUCUGGGGCCGCCUGGACCAGAAGAACGUCGGGAAGCUCUUUGUCAUUUCAGUGGAUAUGACCGAUCAGGCAAUUGUUCUUGAUCCUGGAAUCUACGAUUUCCUGGACAUGCUGCAGGGGAUUUCGGAGGGUUGGUUCCAGACGCUCAGCAACUUGCAGUCAAUGACCUGCGUCCGCCAGUAUGACCAAUUCUGCAAAGUGCAGAAUCACCAGACCGUGAAGGACAUCAUGAUGAAAGACAGGGUCUAUUUAGGAUAUCAAGAGAACAUUCAAGAUUUCAUCACUGGAGCCGUGGAAGAUGCACAGGCCAAUUCCAACAGCACAUUUGAGCGCUACAGGAAGAUCUUCGAGUUUGGAAAAGCUUGGGACAGCGCAGCCUUCAAUGAGAAGGAGCACAACUACGAUGAACUCUCCGUGCAGAUGGACAAGAUGAGAUGGUUUCAGGAAGAACUUGCUUCCUUCAAGAUACCACUUGUUUGGGGUAUCAUUGUGGUCAAUGGCCAGGGCUUGAAGGACAAGUUGGUACCAAUUCCAGAGGCAGCCUUGACCUGCAUGAGGAACUGCCUUUUGGGCCUGGCGAGAGUGAAAUGCAAGGAGUGCUAUGGCAGAUAUGACCAGGCCAACAAGCAGUUGGAUCAGCGCGAGAAGGAUCUGAGCAAGUUCGCCAAUUACGUGAAGAUGUACCAAACGAUCCAAGAGGAUCGAGAAGAGAUGGAGGACUUGAUGUUUGAGGUCGAGCAGAUGUACUCUCUCCUGAGGGAUUUCAAAGUUCGGAUGAUUGACGAAGACGAGUUUUACUACGAGGGACUGAAAGACAAGGAGAGCGACUUUGCAAACAAGAAAAUGAUUGAAGCCAGCCACUUUAUCUCAGAGAUGAAGGAGGAGAUGGCUUUGGAGACCUACCAGAGAGCCCUCAAGGUUGAGGAAGAGAUGAAAUCCGUCUCGGAGGAACUGUUCACCGGAAGCUUCAUUGAUCCAGAGAAGAUUGUGGUUGCUCACGAGGUCCUUGAGGAGUUGGACAAGAUCCACGAAACCCGAGUCAAAGCUCUUGAAGAGAGAGCCGCAACUUUCACAGACUACGAGGGAUUGCUCGGCCCUGCUCCUCAAGUUCAAGCUGAUGAAGAGAGCAACGGCCACUUUCAGUUUGCAGAGGUGGCAAAGACCAGGAAGGUCUUUGAUGACAAACUGAAGCUCUGGGAGGUCACUGCCCAGUGGCAAGAAAUGGCGCACAAUUGGAAUGUCUCGGAGUUUGUGAAGGUGGACGUGGAGGCGAUGAACAAACAAGUCAUGGCCUCCUACAAAACCGCCAAUGGCUUGACACGCUCACUGGACGGAGACGAGGUGGCAGUGCGGGUGAAGGGGAUGAUUGAAGAAUGGCGAGAACGAAUGCCUUGCAUCCUGGAUUUAGGCAAUCCUGCCCUUCGUCCACGGCACUGGGAGAAGAUCUUUAAGAAGAUCAAUCUUGCCUACAAGGGUCCAACCUCUGCGAACAGUAUCAGUUUGACCCAGUUGGAAGGCAAUGGGAUUUUCGACGUCCGCGAAUACGUCUCCGAAGUCUCCGCCAAUGCCAGCGGCGAAUUUGCCUUGGAGCAAUCCUUGGAGCAGGUGAUAGCAGCCUGGGCCGAUUUGGAGCUGCCAAUCAUGAAUCACCGAAACCAGAAGGAUCUUUGGAUUCUUGGUGAUCUCCAAGACGUCAUUACCUUGUGCGAGGAUCACAGCGUCACAAUCGCAACCAUGAUGGGAAGCCGCUUUAUUCACGGCAUACGUGAGAAGGUUGAAUUGUGGGAGAAGAAAAUCAACCAGGCUUCUGAUGUGAUAGAUGAGUGGUACACUGUGCAACGUGCUUGGAUGUACUUGGAGAACAUUUUCUCGGCCGAGGAUAUUCAGCGCCAGCUACCAUCCGAAGCGGCAAAGUUCAAACAGGUGGACAAGUUCUGGAAAGAUCUCUUCCGGAAGGUUCGUCAGAAGGAGAAGCUAUGCAUGGAUGCAUUUCACAUUGCAGGGAUUCUGGAGCGGCUGAAGUGGGCGAAUGACACCCUGGACCAUGUGCAGAAGCAAUUGGAAGCUUACCUCGAAACCAAGCGAGCUGCAUUUCCCAGGUUCUAUUUCCUGUCAAAUGACGAGCUGCUCAGCAUCCUGUCGCAAACGCGAAAUCCCCACGCCGUUCAAGAGCACAUGUGCAAAUGUUUCGAUUCGAUCAAUCGCGUGGUCUUCUCCGAGACUGCCCCUGCGGAAAUCGUCGGCAUGUCCGACAUGAUCAAGGAAUAUGUCCCCUUUGUCCAGCCGGUCGUUACCGGUCCGAUCGUGGAAAAGUGGCUGAGCGACAUUGAGGUUGCCAUGGUGAACGGCCUCUAUGACUCCAGCAAGAGAGCCUUGUUGGCCUAUCCGGAGGACGGCACAAAUCGGACUCAGUGGCUUCUUGAAGGGGAGUAUUCUGCGCAGUCCAAGAUUUUGGUUGACCAACAGUUCUGGACCGCUGAGACGGAGAAGGCAUUGAAGAGAAUCGCAGGAGGAGAGGCCAGUGGCAUGAAAGACAACAUUGAUUUCCACAAUGAGCAGCUGAAGAACAGCGUCAGCAUCGUCCGCAUGAAGCUCACCAAAAAUCAGCGCGUGUUGAUGGGCGCAUUGAUUGUCCUGGAUGUACAUGGCAUCACUGUGCUGGAGAAUUUGCUUGAAGCUGGCACAAGCAGCCUGGAUGACUUUGACUGGAGCAAACAGCUGCGAUAUUAUUGGAUACCAGAAGGAGAAGAGGUGGAAACAUCUUUGAUCAGCAUGGUCUCAGAUGAUUGCGUUUGUCGCCAGACGAUCGCAUGCUUCAAGUACUCCUACGAGUACUUGGGCAACACUCCACGCUUGGUGGUCACGCCACUUACAGACAAGUGCUACAUGACCUUGACAGGAGCGAUGCAUCUCAACUAUGGUGGUGCACCGGCAGGACCAGCUGGCACAGGAAAGACUGAGACUACAAAGGACCUCGGCAAGGCACUUGCAGUCCCUGUGGUUGUCUUCAAUUGUUCAGAUGGCUUGGACUACAAGAUCAUGGGGCGUUUCUUCUCUGGACUUGCGCAAGCUGGAGCUUGGGCGUGUUUCGAUGAGUUCAAUCGAAUCCAAGUGGAGGUCCUCAGCGUGAUCGCACAGCAAAUGCUGACCGUCACCCAGGCCAUUCGACAGCGCAAAGAGGUUUUCGAGUUUCUCGGCAAUGAGAUUCCUUUGAACCGGAGAUUUGGGGUGUACAUCACCAUGAAUCCCGGUUACGCGGGUCGUGCAGAGCUUCCGGACAACCUGAAAGCACUCUUCCGUCCUGUGGCAAUGAUGGUGCCAGACUAUGGUCUGAUUGCUGCUUGGCCUUUGAAGAUCCGAUACAGACUGCUUUCGGAAAAGCCCUACAAAGCACGCAAGAUGGUGAACCUCUACCGCUUGUCCUCGGAACAGCUUUCAAAGCAAGAUCACUACGAGACUCGGAAAGAGACAAACCUUUAUUCCUGUCAAAAUCCUGAUUUGGAAGAGAAUGUGACCCUGAUCCGUGCCCUGCGCGACUCCAAUGCGCCCAAGUUCUUGUCCUUCGACUUGCCGUUGUUCAGUGGCAUCAUCUCAGACCUCUAUCCGGAGGCUGUGAUUCCUGAUGUGGAUUAUGGGAAACUCAAGACUGAGAUCGAAAAUCAACUUCGCUUAGUCAACCUGCAGGUUGUGCCAUCCUUCCUCACCAAGAUUACGCAACUGUUGGAGACACAGCUGGUCAGGCAUGGCGUAAUGCUGGUUGGCCUUACAAUGACGGGGAAGUCGACCAACUCCAACAUUUUGGCGAAGACCUUGACACAGCUCAAAAAGGACGGCUCCAACGACCCAGCACAUCAGCUGACCAAGAUCUUUUUCCUCAACCCGAAGAGUAUUACUAUUGAAGAGCUCUACGGCUCCUUCAAUGAAAAUACUGGGGAAUGGAAGGAUGGUUUGGUGGCGAUCCUCGUGCGAGAGGCUGUCAGCGACACCUCAGACAACAAGAAGUGGGUAAACUUUGAUGGGCCGGUGGAUGCUAUUUGGAUCGAGAACAUGAAUACGGUCUUGGACGACAACAAGAUGUUGUGCUUGUCCAACGGAGAACGCAUCAAGCUGCCGCCAAGCAUGACCGUGAUGUUCGAGGUCAACGAUCUGGCAGUCGCUUCACCGGCCACCGUAAGUCGAUGUGGUAUGGUCUAUUUGGAGCCAGUGCAUUUGGGCUGGAAACCCUUGAUUCAGACGUGGGCAGAAAAGUUCGAGGCAAAGUUCCCAAAGUAUGCCAAAGACAUCGGAAAGUGGGCAUUGUCUGCUUGUGAGGAGGCCCUACCUUACAUCCGGGAGGAAUGCCAAGAAGCACCCGAAAUCCCGAGCAUGGAUGCAAACCUCGUCCAGGCCUACCUGCGAAUGCUGACUGCCUUCAUUUCAGAGACCCAUCAGCUCAUGCCAGAAGGUGAGGGUAAGCCCAUCAAGCAGGAUGAUGAUGCUCUCAAGCUGGUGCGCAUUUACACGGCCAUGUGUGCAAUCUGGUCGUUGGGUGCCAACCUGCACGAGAAUUCGCGAAGCAAGUUCGUCUCGCGGAUUCGUCCGAGACUUCAGCUCUUUUGCCCAGAGAUCCCUGAUGGUGGCGAUCUUUACAUGAUGGCCGUGAAUGACGAAGACAUAAGGGUUCAUCCCCUUGCAGACAUUGUUCCACACUUCCAGUUCAAUCCGCAAGAGCCUUUCUUCAAUAUUCUGGUGAACACAUCUGAGACAGUUGGACAACGAAUGCUUAUUGAGAACUUGAUGAUGGCCAACUUCCACGUCCUCUUUUCGGGUGAAACAGGCGUUGGGAAAUCGGUGGUGAUCCAACAAUACCUGAACACGGCCGGCGAGCUCUUUUCCACCGCAUCUGCCAAUUUCAGUGCUCAGACCAGCACCUCCAAUGUGGUGGACCAGUUCGAAAAUCGCCUGGAGCGCAAGCGCAAGACGCUACUGGGUGCGCCUCCAGGUACCACUAUGAUCUUCUUUGUCGACGAUGUCAAUAUGCCCAUGCUGGAAUUCUACGGUGCACAGCCGCCCAUAGAGCUCCUGCGACAGGUCGUUGACUAUGGAGGCUUCUAUGACAAAAAGAAACUCUUUUGGAAGCAAGUGGCAGAUACUCAAUUCAUUUGCGCCUGUGGACCACCUGGUGGUGGUCGGAUGCCUGUGACCCCCAGGCUUUUCCGGCACUUUAACAUGAUUUGGGUACCGGCGUUGCCUCAAGAAGCAAUGCACCGGAUCCUGUCGAGCAUCCUAGGAGGUGGCACAUACAGCGGAAACUACAAUGAAGGGAGCUAUGGAUAUGGGAACUAUGGCAACGACAUGCCAUGGAAUGGAGGCAAGAGUGGAGGAAAAGGCGAAGGCAAGAGCAGUGGAAAGGCAAUGUGUAAAUUCUGGAUGAAGGGCGAAUGCACUCGCGGUGCAUCGUGUACCUGGUCGCAUGGCGAUGGCGAGAGCAAGGACUGGACUUCAGGCAAAGGGAGCAAGUUCUUCUCGCAGGGCAACUAUGAGGCCGAUUAUCCAGAUGAUCCUGAGCUGCUGGAAAUUCAGGAUGCCAUUGACAAGGUGUCGUUCAAAAAGGACGACGAGGAGGAGAUGAUGGCAGAGAUGGCCGAGAUGGCAGAACGGAGUCUAGAGAUCCCGGACAACGAGAGCGAAGGAAGCGAUGCAUUGCCUCCUCCUGCGAGCGCUGAAGAAAUCUCCGAAGCGCAGGAAAUCUUCCGGCGUGCCCAGGACGACCUCAUCGAGCGCAACAAAAUGAAGGCCAAAGUGAAAGAUUGCAACAAGAGCGACCUCCAGGCGAUGAUCAAUGCACGCUUGGCAAAAAGAUGA